UGCUGCAGACGCUCCGGCUGCCGCCGCUGCCCCUGCCGCCGAGGCUUUUGCCGGUGAGGUGAGCUGAGCUGAGCUCUGCUGACCUGAGGGAGGCCGCCCCGGCCCGGCGAGCUGAACCAAUGCUGGAUCUGGAGGUGGUGCCGGAACGCUCUUUGGGGAACGAGCAAUGGGAAUUCACGCUGGGAAUGCCUCUGGCUCAGGCAGUAGCCAUUCUUCAGAAGCACUGUCGCAUCAUCAAAAAUGUCCAGGUUCUCUACAGUGAACAGUCUCCUCUAAGCCAUGACCUCAUCCUUAACCUGACUCAGGACGGGAUCAAACUGCUGUUUGAUGCUUUCAAUCAGAGACUUAAGGUGAUUGAAGUAUAUGACUUGACUAAAGUAAAGUUAAAAUAUUGUGGAGUGCAUUUUAACUCUCAGGCCAUAGCUCCCACCAUUGAGCAGAUUGACCAGUCUUUUGGUGCAACCCAUCCUGGAGUGUACAACUCCGCUGAGCAGCUCUUCCACCUCAACUUCAGAGGACUGUCUUUCUCUUUUCAGUUAGACUCAUGGACCGAGGCUCCCAAGUACGAGCCCAAUUUUGCCCAUGGUCUAGCUUCUCUCCAGAUACCCCACGGGGCGACUGUGAAACGAAUGUACAUCUACAGUGGAAACAGCCUACAGGAUACAAAGGCUCCCGUGAUGCCCCUCAGCUGUUUCCUUGGCAAUGUGUAUGCUGAGAGUGUGGAUGUUCUUCGAGAUGGAACUGGACCCUCAGGUUUACGACUUCGGCUACUUGCUGCAGGUUGUGGACCUGGCCUAUUAGCAGAUGCCAAGAUGCGGGUAUUUGAACGUUCAGUGUAUUUUGGUGAUUCCUGCCAGGAUGUUCUUAGCAUGCUUGGCUCUCCGCACAAGGUCUUCUAUAAGUCAGAAGACAAGAUGAAAAUUCAUUCUCCUUCCCCUCAUAAACAAGUUCCAUCCAAGUGCAAUGACUACUUUUUUAACUACUUCACUCUUGGAGUGGAUAUCCUCUUUGAUGCAAAUACACACAAAGUGAAGAAGUUUGUCCUACACACCAAUUACCCUGGGCAUUAUAAUUUUAACAUUUAUCACCGCUGUGAGUUCAAGAUCCCACUAGCCAUAAAGAAAGAAAAUGCAGAUGGUCAGACAGAAACAUGCACAACCUACAGCAAGUGGGACAACAUCCAGGAUCUCCUGGGCCACCCUGUGGAGAAGCCUGUUGUCCUGCAUAGGUCCUCCUCCCCAAACAACACCAACCCAUUUGGCUCUACAUUCUGCUUUGGUCUUCAGCGGAUGAUCUUUGAGGUCAUGCAGAAUAACCAUAUUGCCUCGGUGACCCUGUACGGCCCCCCCAGGCCUGGUGCCCACCUGAGAACAGCGGAGCUCCCCUAAGGACAUCACCACCCAUGCCCCUCUGCCCCGUGGAGCUGUGCAUUGCAUCCUGUUCAACGGGCCUCCAUGUGCCACCCUGUGGGUUUUCUUGGACACCUUGCCAGUGUUGAAAGGCUGUUGUGAUGUUCUGAGGUGGGGCUCAGACUGGGUGCUCUGCCAUGGGGUGAGAGGCCCAAAUAUUCCUCUGUCCGUCCUCGGCCUGCUGGUGCCAACAGAGGACACAGACUGCAAAGAGAAGCACAAACUCUGAGCCUUGAUACCUAGACCCAGGCGACCUCGACUAACACAUACGGAGGCAGAGUUCUGUCUCUCCUGUUCCACACGCAUUGGGAAAAGUUGGGACUCUUUCUGUGGCUGAGGACACAGGCACCCGGGACGAGGACGAGGUCCUGCCUUUGGCCCAUCAUUGCCACGUGACCCUUAAGGCAAGCAGGUAGCAUGUCCAUAGUACUUGGUUGCGACUUUUGCACUACAUCCACUUUAGUUACUUGAUGAGCUGGCUGUGGCCAAGGUGGCCCACCUGCCUUUCCCUGUUCCUUCCUUGCACGUGCUCCCUACCAGGCCCAGUAGGCACACCCAACUCAUUGAAACACAGCUUUUUACCAUCCAGGUAUGUGCCCAGGCCUGGUUCCUGCCCCUCUUGGAGCCAGCCUUCAAGGUCACCUGUGCCCCUGCUCUGCCCCAACUUGGCUGGCAGGCUGCAUGUUUCCAUCCUGUUUGCCUCUUUUAUUUAAUGCCAAAGUUUUAGCCAAAGACAUCUUCCUCCUUUUAUUGUUUCAGCAUUCUGUUCUGCACUGUGGGCUGGCUCUCUUGCCCCAACCCUGGGCAAUGUCCCCUGGCCAGGCCCAUUCAUGGCCCAAGGCCUCUGGGGGCUCAAGGAAGGCUGGGCUGCUCAGUCUUUUCAUGGGUCUUGCUAAGGAAAGUAGCAUAUGUGCUUUAAAAAUAAUCCUUUUGAAAAGAAUUGAGAAGAGAAAUGUAUAAUUUUACCCCAUUUUUAAUAUUUUGGUCUAGCAACUUGUGAUACAUAGAUGACAAUUUUGUGAGUUUUUCAAAUGUGUGUACAGACUUUUGUAAAUAUGACUCUUUUGUAAUUAACUCAUGUACAGCCUCAUCCUGUAGAGUUUAACAAUGAAUGUGGAGGGGACCUGCCCCAGGCUCCUAGGUGGUUCCUGGGCUUACAGCCAGGCUUGUGUGGCGUUCCAUAAUUUUGUGACUGACUGGUGUCUUCCCAUUUGGACUGUGGCCUGGCCAGAGACCCACACACACAUCCCCCUGUAGGGGCAGCCAGGACUCUCCCCAUCUUCCUAGAAUAGGGGAACGUUCCUCAUGCCCUGCCCAUACCCCUCCAAUAAAAACCUGUGCCCUCA